AUGGAUUCGGAUCUCUACGACGAGUUCGGUAACUACAUCGGUCCCGAGUUGGACUCGGACGAUGACGCUGCCGAAUUGGAUGAUAACGUUGAUGGAGAGGACCGGAGCGAUGAAGACGAUGACGACGAACCGGAAAGAAUGGAAGAAGAAGAAACGGGCGAAAUCCCGCAGAACCAGGUUGUGCUGCACGAGGACAAGAAGUACUACGCUUCUGCGCUCGAGGUGUACGGAGAGGGAGUGGAGACCCUCGUGCAAGAGGAAGAUGCUCAGCCACUCACUGAGCCCAUCGUCAAGCCGGUAUCGAAGAAGAAGUUCCAAGCGGCCGAGCAUCGUCUUCCGGAGACCGUCUACAAAAAGGAGUACCUGGCUGAUCUGAUGGACUGCCCGCACAUCAUGCGAAACGUCGCGAUUGCUGGUCAUCUGCAUCACGGAAAAACGACGUUCCUCGACUGUUUGAUGGAGCAGACUCAUCCGGAGUUCUACCGCGCGGAAGAUGCGGACACCCGCUAUACAGAUACUCUCUUCAUUGAGCAACAGCGAGGAUGUUCCAUCAAGGCUCAGCCGGUAACCAUCGUCGCUCAAGACAGUCGUCACAAAAGCUACUUGCUCAAUGUGAUCGACACUCCCGGACACGUCAACUUCUCCGAUGAAAUGACUGCCGCUUACCGUCUCGCGGAUGGUGUCGUUGUGCUCGUCGAUGCUCACGAAGGAGUCAUGAUGAACACGGAACGAGCUAUUCGGCAUGCCAUUCAGGAGCGACUCUCCGUCACUCUGUGCAUCUCCAAAAUCGACCGUCUUCUCUUGGAGCUCAAGUUGCCGCCUUCUGAUGCUUACUUCAAGCUGCGUCUCAUCGUUGACCAGGUCAACAACAUUCUGAGCACGUUCUCUGAGGAAGACGUCCCAUUGCUCUCUCCACUCAACGGAAAUGUCAUCUUCUCGUCGGGGCGCUACAACGUCUGCUUCUCUCUUCUUUCGUUCUCCAACAUAUACGCCAAGCAAUACGGUAAUACAACUUUCGAAAUCUGAUCUUAAACUUUUAUUUGUAGGCGACUCGUUCAAUCCGAAGGAAUUCGCACGCCGUCUUUGGGGAGAUUUUUACUUUGACAAAAACACUCGCAAGUUCUCCAGAAAGGGACCAUCUCAUGAUUCUCCACGAACUUUCGUUCAGUUCAUUCUGGAGCCCAUGUACAAGAUCUUCUCCCAAGUGGUCGGAGAUGUUGACACGUGCCUUCCGGAUAUGAUGGCCGAACUGGGCAUCCGUUUGUCGAAGGAGGAGCAGAAAAUGAACGUCCGUCCGCUGAUUGCGCUCAUUUGCAAGCGCUUCUUCGGAGACUUUACCGCCUUCGCUGAUUUGGUCGUCCAGAACAUCAAAUCGCCAUUGGAUAACGCCAAAACGAAGAUCGAGCAGACUUAUCUCGGACCGGCGGAUUCGCAACUGGCUCUCGAGAUGCACAAGUGUAACGCUGAAGGACCGCUUAUGGUUCACACGACGAAGAACUAUCCGGAGGCCGAUGCGACCCAAUUCCGUGUAUUCGGAAGAGUUAUGAGCGGCACUCUGGAGGCGAACACGGACGUUCGUGUUCUCGGAGAAAACUACAGUAUCCAAGACGAAGAGGACUGCAGAAGAAUGACCGUCGGAAGGCUGUUCGUCCACGUUGCUAGAUACCAGAUUGAAGUGACACGAGUGCCCGCCGGAUGCUGGGUUCUCAUUGAAGGAAUCGAUCAGCCAAUCGUCAAAACGGCUACGAUCGCUGAGCUCGAGUACGAGGACGACGUCUACAUCUUCCGCCCUCUCAAAUUCAACACUCGCAGCUGCGUGAAGCUGGCCGUCGAGCCGAUCAAUCCAUCCGAACUGCCAAAGAUGUUGGACGGACUGCGCAAAGUAAACAAGUCGUAUCCGCUGUUGACGACACGCGUCGAGGAGUCGGGAGAGCACGUACUUCUGGGCACUGGAGAGCUGUACAUGGACUGUGUGAUGCACGAUAUGCGGAAGGUGUUCUCGGAGAUCGACAUCAAAGUGGCCGAUCCGGUAGUCACAUUCAACGAAACUGUCAUUGAGACUAGUACUUUGAAGUGCUUUGCCGAGACGCCCAAUAAGAAGUAAGAUUUUCUAUUAAAAGAGAAGAGAAUAUAACAAUGAUUACAGGAACAAGAUCACAAUGAUGGCUGAACCAUUGGAAAAGCAUUUGGACGAGGACAUUGAGAACGAAGUGGUGCAGAUUGGCUGGAAUCGUCGGCGGCUGGGAGAGUUCUUCCAGACAAAGUACAACUGGGAUCUGCUGGCGGCUCGUUCCAUUUGGGCAUUCGGACCGGACACCACAGGACCCAAUAUUCUUCUCGAUGACACACUGCCAUCCGAAGUGGACAAACAUCUCCUGUCGACUGUCAGAGAAUCGCUGGUGCAAGGAUUCCAGUGGGCGACGAGAGAAGGGCCGUUGUGUGAAGAACGUCAGUUUCCGGUCAUUCACUGAAUUCAUUCCGUUUCAUUUCAGCAAUUCGUCAGGUCAAAUUCAAACUUCUCGAUGCGACUAUUGCUGCCGAACCCCUCUACCGUGGAGGAGGUCAAAUGAUUCCGACGGCUCGCCGAUGUGCAUAUUCUGCCUUCCUGAUGGCGACCCCUCGACUCAUGGAACCGUACUAUACUGUGGAAGUGGUUGCUCCAGCCGAUUGCGUUGCCGCCGUAUACACAGUGCUCGCCAAGCGACGUGGUCACGUUACCACAGAUGCUCCGAUGCCCGGAUCUCCGAUGUACACCAUCAGUGUAUGUUCAAAAUCCUCACUCGCCUAUUUCCAUUCUUACUCUUCUUACAGGCAUACAUUCCCGUGAUGGAUUCGUUCGGCUUCGAGACGGAUCUUCGUAUUCACACUCAAGGACAGGCCUUCUGCAUGUCGGCCUUCCAUCACUGGCAACUCGUUCCUGGAGAUCCGCUCGACAAAUCGAUUGUGAUCAAGACACUAGACGUGCAGCCGACCCCUCACCUCGCCAGAGAGUUUAUGAUCAAAACGAGAAGACGCAAGGGACUUUCCGAGGACGUCUCUGUCAACAAGUUCUUCGACGACCCAAUGCUUCUGGAGCUCGCCAAGCAACAAGACUACACUGGCUUCUAA